UUUGCUAUCAAACAUGAAGACCAGAAGCAAAAUUCCACAGCAGAACUCAACUCUUCUGUCACUUAUUAUUGUUAGCGUUUUAGUUAGCUUCCCUGUUACAAGAUCAGACGACGGUAGUAAUGGGGAGUAUUUGAUUGGAGUGGGCAGCUUUGACAUGACUGGCCCGGCUGCCGGGGUCAACAUGAUGGGUUAUGCCAGCAUGGACCAGAAUACCGCCGGUGUACACUUCCGGCUAAGGGCAAGAACCUUCAUCGUGGCCGAGAGUUCCCAAGGUCCAAGGUUCGCCUUUGUUAAUCUUGAUGCUGGAAUGGCUUCACAACUGGUUAACAUUAAAGUGCUCGACAAACUCAAAUCAAGGUUUGGAAACUUGUACACUGAAGACAAUGUGGCGAUUAGCGGGAUUCACACGCACGCAGGACCAGGGGGUUAUUUGCAGUAUCUAGUUUACACUGUAACAUCUUUGGGCUUUGUCCAACAAUCCUUCGAUGCCAUCGUCAAUGCAAUUGUGCAGAGCAUUGUUCUGGCUCAUCACAACCUCAAGCCUGGUUCCAUUUUCAUCAACCAAGGGGAUGUGGUAAACGCGGGAAUAAACAGGAGUCCGAGUGCUUAUCUGCUAAACCCGGCAGAGGAGAGAGCACGGUACCCGAAAGAUGUGGAUACUCUGAUGACUCUAUUGAAGUUUGUGGAUGGCGGAAGCGGGAAGAGCAUCGGAGCAUUCAGCUGGUUUGCCACCCACGGAACCUCCAUGAGCAAAGACAACAAGCUCAUCAGUGGCGACAACAAAGGUGCCGCUGCCAGAUUCUUCGAGGACUGGUUCACUACAACUAAUACUAGUACUGGUGCCACGAUAUCAUCUCCACCAGAUAGUAGCGUGGCAGCAGCGCUAAUAAAGAAGGCGGAAAAUAUCAAAGCAACGGGAGGGAAGCCCUGCGGCAAAACAACCAGUCGCAAGUUUAAGGUGAGGAAGAACGAUGGCUCACUAUUUGUGGGAGCCUUUUGCCAAUCCAACGUGGGAGAUGUGACUCCAAAUGUCCUUGGAGCGUUUUGCACCGAUUCUGGAAAACCUUGCGACUUCACUCACUCCUCCUGUCAUGGGAACAACCAACUCUGCCUCGGACGUGGACCUGGGUACCCGGAUGAAAUACAAAGCACGAAAAUUAUAGGGGAGAGGCAAUUUCUAAGGGCGGCUGAUCUAUUCACGUCGGCUACAGAGCAGCUGACCGGGAAAAUAGACUUUCGCCACGUGUACCUAGAUUUCACGAAUAUUGAGGUUGAUUUGGAAGGAAACAAGAAAGUGAAAACAUGCCCCGCGGGGCUUGGUCCGGGAUUUGCCGCUGGGACUACAGAUGGACCGGGUGUCUUUGGCUUCCAACAGGGUGAUCAAAAGAUCAAUUCGACAUGGAGAAGACUGAGGGAUUCGCUAAAAAAACCCAGCCAAUAUCAAGUGAACUGCCAACAGCCCAAGGCAGUUCUGCUCAGCACUGGGGAAAUGUUUGUACCUUAUGCAUGGGCGCCUGCAAUCGUUCCUAUUCAAAUGCUCAGGUUGGGGAAGCUGAUCAUACUUUCUGUCCCAGGAGAAUUCACUACAAUGGCCGGUCGGCGGCUAAGGGAAGCGGUCAAGGAGACCCUUAUAAGUAACAGCAACGGUGAAUUUGAUGAGGAUACUCGCAUUGUAAUAGCAGGGCUUACUAAUACUUACUCGCAAUAUAUUGCAACUUUCGAGGAAUACGCACAACAACGAUAUGAGGCUGCUUCCACUCUCUAUGGUCCUCACACGUUAUCAGCGUACAUUCAAGAAUUCAAUAAAUUAGCCAAGGCGAUGGCAAAGGGAGACAAAGACCUUCCUAAAGGUCCCUUACCACCAGAUCUUUCCUCUGUACAAAUCAGAGUAGGUGAUCCUACUGGAGACUCACCUCCCCCAGGUACAAAAUUUGGAGAUAUUAAGGAGGAUGUCAGCUUACCAAAAAGUGGAUCAUUCCAAAAGGGAGAUAGACCAACUGCCACAUUUUGGAGCGCUAACCCAAGAUAUGACCUAUUGACGGAAGGGACAUAUGCAGUGGUAGAGAUGCUUCAAGGAAAACACUGGGUUCCUGUUUACGACGACGAUGAUUUCUCCCUGUUUUUCAAGUGGAAUGUAGAUACCAGUAGCUUAUAUGGCACAGCAACCAUAGAAUGGGAAAUACCGACGGAUACAAAUUCAGGGGUGUACAGGCUAAGGCAUUUUGGUUCAGCAAAGGAAACAAAGGACUCACCCAACACCUACUUCACCGGCGCAUCUAGUGGAUUUGCAGUGUCUUAAAUAUUUAUCUAGGAUUUUUCUUCCAUGUGUAUCCUUGUUACAGAAAUUAAGAAGAAAAGGUAGCAAGGGAUGCAAAUAAGUACUUAUUUAGAAACUGAAACCUUACAUGCUUAUUGAUAUCAUAGAAUAAAUAUAAAUGUAAAGGCUGUUACUUGCAGAAGUAACUUAGUCAGUGCUCAUAUGGAUUAUACAUCGAAGGCAUUGCCCUUUAAUAAGCAAAUCGAAAGCUUUGUUGAUGUCUUCAAACCUUACUUCAUGUGUCACAAACUCAUCCAGUUGUAGUUCCCGAUAGCAUGAAAAUAAAAAAAAAUUAAAAGGAUAUCCGGGUUCAGUAAGGCGAAAACAAUUCAAGUAAACAGUUAAGUGCUACAUCACCUUGUCCAUGUAACGAUUGAUGAGGGCAGGGAUAUCAGAUUUAAGUUCGAGUCCUCCAAAUAAGGAUUCCAUGAGGGUUUUGUUAGGAAUGUCGGUAUUACAAGAUAGAGAAUGCACAAGGUAAAGUAAAAAAUAGACACUAAGAAUUUAUGUAGUUCGGCAAUUUAUACCUACAUCCACGAAACAAUGAUCAAUCUUCACUAUAUGAAAAAGAUGAGUACAACAAGAGUAGUCUUACCAAGCCAAAGACAAGGCUUGAUGGAUAUAAGAAAGUAUGACACACACUUUUUAUCACUCUAAACUUCACUCACACACAAUGUGUAGUGAAACACUCUCACUCUCAAACUUGAAGUGGAACAACUCUUAUAACCCUCACUCUUGGAGUGGAACACUCUUACUUCGGUUUUUCACACACACACACACCAUGA